AUGGCCUUUGUGCGGCGGAUUAAAUUUGACCGAAAAAGAAUUGAAGUGGUCAUGUUGCUUAAAUCCUGUUUCGCUGUGAUUUUUGCCCUGUUGGCUCAGUACGCUGUGCGUCUCUGGUUUUUCUUGGAUUAUCACAAAUCCAGGACAAUAAUCCACCACCGACCCGGGCCUUGUAGACAGCUAGGCGGUGCAGAUGGUGGCUCAGAAGAUCUCACAGUGUUGGACAAUGGGCUGACCUUCAUCGCCUCGGGUUCUUAUCCAUGGACCAGAGGUCGCAUUCUUCUUUUCAAUUUUUCAAACCCUUUUGAAGACGCGAAGGAGUUGCCUAUUAUCAGCUCCAGUCUGAAUAAGUCAGAUUUAGUACUUUAUGGACUGUCCACCUGGCGGGAUAGUUUAACAGGGGAGAUUACUCUUAUGGUGAUAAAUCAUGCUGGCCAUCACGAUCGUGUGGAAGUAUUCACGUUCCAGGAGGACUCUCUCACACUUCUUCACGUCAACUCAAUUUUGAGCCCGAAACGAAACUAUAUGAACGAUUUAGUGAUGACAAGCAACAGGACUUUCUACAUUACCGAGUAUGGGGAGAUGCGUGAUAACCCUCUGCUGGAGAUGCUACUGAUGCUGAGCUACUGCGAUAUUCUUUACUAUAACGGAAGUGAGUUCCGGAGUGUGGCGCACGGCCUGCGCAUGGCCAAUGGUAUUAACGUGUCACCUGACCACAGGUACCUGUACGUGGCAGAACUCGGAAGGAAGCAGCUGAAAUCUUAUCGUAUUAAAGACACGGAGCUAGAACAUGUGGAAGACUUAUUCCUGGACACCCUUUUAGAUAAUAUAGAGAUUGAUCCAGUGACGGGGAACUUGUGGGUGGGAUGCCACCCAUUGAACAAUGCCCUGAUGAUGCUAGAGAAUUACGAUCUCGGAACUGUUGCUCCAUCACAGAUUCUGAGAGUUAGUGCGACAGAUGGAAAGUUUACGGAUGCAGUGGAGGUGUACUCGGACACCGGAUCAGAAUUGACAGCAUCGAGUGUGGCCUCUGUCUAUCAGGGAAAGAUGAUAGCGGGUUCUAUAAUGUCGCAACUGAUUGUCUGUGACCUCGAAUACGAUUAUUGAUGUAUGAAGUUACAUAAGAGACAAAGUACAAUUGUACCUUCGUGCUGCUCAAUAUACAAACAUGUAUACUGUUAUUAUGUCAUUCUUUCAUGCUGUAAAAAAUGUGCUUUUAUAUCUGAUAUGAUAUUUUUUGUUCUUGUGUUUUAUUUUUUAUUUU